AUGCCACGAGAGAUUGUGACGAUCAACAUUGGUCAAUGUGGGAAUCAACUUGGUUGUGAGUUCUUUAAAAAGAUAUGUGCUGAGCACGGGAUUGGAUCGGAUGGGUCUUUGCUAACGAACGAGAACAUCAAUGAUCGAAAAGACAUUUUCUUUUACCAAGCCGAUAACCAAAGAUACAUCCCACGCUCGAUUAACGUUGAUCUUGAACCCCGAGUUGUCGAUUGGCUUCGUUGUGGUGAAUUUAAGAACUUCUAUAAUCCCGAAAACCUCAUAGUACCGACCAAUAAUGGUGCUGGUAAUUCAUGGGCGAACGGGUAUUUUACUGUUGAAAAAAUGAAUGAAAUAGAAGACGUGAUUGAUCGAGAAGUAGAGAAUUGUGACAGUAUGGAGGGGUUCUUCUUUUGUCAUUCAAUUUGUGGAGGUACAGGGAGUGGCCUUGGAAGUAAAAUUAUGGAGCUGAUUAGUGACAAAUACCCAAAGUGCACAACACAGGCAUUCAGUGUUAUGACAAGAAACCAUCCGGAUGUGGUUGUGUCACCUUAUAACUCGAUUUUGACACUCAAACGAUUGAUAACAGAGUGCCAGUCUGUUGUUGUGUUUGAUAAUGAGGCGUUAGCGGACAUCGCACAUUCACAAUUUGGCAUUGAAGAAGCAACUGCGUUUGAUAUGAACAAUAUUAUAUCGUAUUCAAUGUCCGCGUUCACUGCAAAUAUGCGAUUUCCAUCAACACUCUACAGCGGAAUGGAUUCGCUCAUCUUCAGAAUGUGCCCGUCGAGAUUUGCACAUUUUCUUGUGACGGGAUUUGUGCCACUUUUCCAAUCAGAACGACCAACAGGAAGGACAAGCGCCACAGACAUCAUGAAAAGACUGUUACAACCACAAAACAUGAUGGCGAAAGUCGAUUUGAAAAAGGGGAAGUACAUGUCGAUUUGCGACUUCUUUCAAGGUGAUGUCGGGUAUGAAGAAAUCAAUGAAGCACUGCAAAUAUUCACAGAUAAACGAUUGGCCGAUUUUGUACCUUGGAAUAAAGACUCGUUGGAGGCUAUACACACAAGGUCCUCACCUUUGAUACAACGAGGAAACAGAAUGAGUGGAAUGACACUCUCCAACAACACAUCAAUCAGAUUUUACUUCCAAGACAUUUUGAAUUCGUUCAACCAAAUGUUUCAGAAAAAAGUCUUCCUGGAGUCGUACAAAGAAAAGUUCGAGGACAACUUGCAAGAAUUUGAAGAGUCGAAAGAAAUCGUCCGGUGUCUGAUUGAUGAAUACGAGAAGGCGGAGACGCAAGACUAUUUGAAUUAUCAAUAUCCCAUUUACGAAUGGUUGAAAGGGAUGGCGUUGCAAAGUCAGUACAAGUAA